CCUGUGUCUCUACACUCGCUGAGGUAUGCAUUCUCCCUUACGAUCUAAUGACCUUACUUAUGACUUGUACCAUAGACUCUGUCUUAUAGGUACAGCUAAUGAUAUAGCUCCUGUGUCUCUACACUCGCUGAGACUCUGUCUUAUAGGUGAUCGCUACUGGUCGUAUCUCCACUGCGCGGUAUUGUCUGCGACACAGAUGCUGUCCGUGACAGACGCCAGCAAAGCCCAAGCGGACCUCCUCUCUGUGCGGAGCACUCUGAUGCAGAACAUGCCCCCCGAGAUCGAUACCGUCGACUUUGUCAAAAUCUUCAAUCUGACCAAGAGCGCGGGCAAGACCGGUGCCCCUGCGCAUGGUGGCGGGGGCGGCGGUUCCAGCUCGAGCGCUGGGAGCGGAUCCAGUGCGGGCAGCGAUGCAGCAAGCAGCGGCGCCUCUUCCCUGACAUUCUCAUUCUCUUCCAUCGCUUUCCUGUCGCUCGCUGUCCUUGCUUUGUGUUGAUUGUAUAUCAUGCAUGUUUUCUUACUCGUAGAAGAUUGAAUUCAAUCGAUGCGUUUUCGUCGAGAUGGAA